GCGGCGGUUGCCAUAGUUACCGGCUCAAGCGGCGGGCGCCGUGAUGGCGACUGUUCCAAUACAGGCGACAUUCAACCUGUAACACAGGCGGCAGCGAGGGAACAGGGGCGUCACCGGACACUCAGGGAGGUUUAGGUGUAACAUCCCGCCUGUCACACAGAACAGCAUGACUUUCAAGGGCCAGUAUAGGCUUGAUGAUGGUGCCAGUGCUGCAACGGACUGCUUUCCAGUAAGAAAGAUCUUCAAGAGAGGAUACCAAAGUGCUGGACACUGGGUGGAGGCUCAGACAAUUCCCAAACAGAAGGAUUUCCAGGCUGUCCUCGGCCCAAAGCUGCCGACCCAGAGGACGCUUGCUGCCCCAAGCCCAACAGUCAAACCUCCAAAUACACAGCGUACCAAACCUAGCAAGGAGAAAGUACUGGACGGAAAUUACUUGAUGAGCCGCCACUGUGUGGAUGAUCAUUCGGACCUCUGCGUUGUGAAUAUCAACGACCAGGGCCUCAAUGCCGUUAAUGAUGAAGAUUUUCACUUGUUUGAUAAUGUGGCUUUUAUAAAUGCAGCAGAAAACCAGUUACCUCUCGAGCCGUUCCGUUUUUUUCUGGCUCUCAGGGAACUGGACCUCAGCUUGAAUGGGCUACGGAAGCUGCUCCUCACCACUCAAGAUUUUCUCAACUUGGAGGUACUGAAUCUGUCCUACAACAGUGUGAACAAGGAGGAUGUUCUGGCACUGGGCCUCCUCCCUCACCUCAAAGUCCUCCACCUGACAGGGAACGAUCUGGACUCCCUUACUCCAAACCUGGCAGCACUCUACAGUCCCCUGGACAGUCUGGACGCACCGCUUCUGAGGUUUCCAGUCCUCGAGGUCCUGAUGUUGGAUGAGAACAGAUUCUCCGACCCCUGUGUGUUAUCAAGCCUGGCCGGCCUGCACAGGCUAAAGUACUUAAACCUGGAUCACAAUUACCUGACGGGCGUUCCCUACCUGCAGCAGAUGGAGCUGUUUGAGCUGUCGGAGAAGGGUGGAGGUGCUGACUUGUGUUACAACCUCAUCCACCAGGUCAAGGAGCCCAUCGUAUGUCCCACACUGACAAUGGCGGAUUCUCUCGGCUUCCAGUCCGACAUCCGGAUAAUCAGGGAACAAAGAGAGCAUGAGCACGGGAAGAAUAUGGUGCUGGAGCAGAGCGAGAGGCUGGGGGGGGAGGAGAGAACGGAGGAGUGGCAGCGAGAGUGGGGAUGA